AGCGAACAUAAAACCGACAUGUAUUCAGCCGUUGUAACGACACAGCUACUUAGCUAGCUAAUUAGCUAGCUCUUAGCGGCUCGGACCUCAUUGUCCACACAAAUCAUUGGCUUUAAAUAGUCUAUUUUAACAUAAACUACAGCAUAUAUGUAGUUAACUGGUCAUUUCAAUGGCGUUCAAUGGCCACCAGCGCGACGAUGACAUUAUCGACGAGGACGAAACGCCCACGAAGCAGCCGCGGUCCUCCAAGGAGAUGCCCGGUUUGUGCAGAAACGAGCCCAACAAUGAGGCAGCCGCGCCCGCUGGAAGGGCCACAACCGACCGGCGGACCUCCAACUCUACGGCGAGGCAUCGCAAGGACUCGCUGAAGAAAAGCAGGCCGCCAUUUCCUUGGUUUGGGAUGGACAUUGGAGGCACUCUGGUGAAGCUGGUGUACUUUGAGCCCAAAGACAUCACAGCAGAGGAGGAGCAGGAGGAGGUGGAGAACCUGAAGAGCAUCCGCCGGUACCUCACCUCCAACACAGCCUAUGGUAAAACAGGCAUCAGGGACGUGCACCUGGAGCUGCAGGACCUGACGCUGUGCGGCAGGACGGGCAACCUGCACUUCAUCCGCUUCCCCACGCAUGACCUCCCGGCCUUCCUGCAAAUGGGACGCAACAAACACUUCUCCAGCCUCCACACCACCCUCUGUGCCACUGGAGGGGGGGCCUAUAAGUUUGAGUCUGAUUUCCGCACGAUGGCCGACCUGGAGCUCCACAAGCUGGAUGAGCUGGACUGUUUGAUCCGUGGUGUGCUGUACAUCGACUCGGUGGUGUCCAGCGGUCCGUCCGAGUGCUACUACUUCGAGAACCCCACGGACCCGGACCGCUGCGUCCAGAGACCCUACACACUGGAAAACCCCUAUCCUCUGCUGCUGGUCAACAUAGGGUCUGGGGUCAGCAUCCUGGCCGUCUACUCUGAGAACAACUACAAACGAGUCACUGGGACCAGCCUCGGGGGCGGGACCUUCCUGGGCCUGUGUUGCCUUCUGACCGGCUGCUCUACAUUCGAGGAAGCCCUGGAAAUGGCGUCUCAGGGGGAGAGCACUCGUGUGGACAAGCUGGUCCGGGACAUUUACGGAGGAGACUACGAGAGGUUUGGACUACCAGGCUGGGCUGUGGCCUCAAGUUUCGGCAACAUGAUGUCCAAAGAGAAGAGGGAGUCGGUGUCCAAAGAGGACCUGGCCAGAGCCACGCUGGUCACCAUCACCAACAACAUCGGCUCCAUCACCAGGAUGUGUGCUCUCAAUGAGAACAUUGAGCGAGUGGUGUUCGUGGGGAACUUCCUCCGGGUGAACACGUUGUCCAUGAAACUGUUGGCCUACGCCAUGGACUACUGGUCCAAAGGACAACUCAAGGCACUUUUCCUACAACACGAGGGUUACUUCGGAGCCGUCGGGGCCCUGUUAGAGCUCCUCCAUCCGUCCUAAAGUAUGUGAAGUCCACCUACAGAAGCACACGUCGAUCUGCUGCAGACACCUUUAGCACUUUAGACCAGUCACAGCCAUUUCCACAGUGGGCUGUCCCACCAGCCAUCAGCCCCGUCGACGCGUCCUGAGGAAGGAGAGCUGCUGUAAACAGGUGAAGGUGGCUUCUAGUCGUAACCCGUGGGUCAGAGUCAGUUUCCUGUCCUGACCGAAGCAGGACUGGACAGAUUAAAGCCAGUUGGUGUCUCAAACAUCGCUCAAGGAAAUUCACCUCUGUUGCCUGAAAGGUUCUAGUCCUUUACAGACCCUCAGUGGGAUCAGCUCAUGGGCCAAAUUGGUUUAAGUCGCGUUUCCACCUCAGGAUCUUUACCCAUGAACUAGGGACCUUUGGAGGAAUUUAGCAUGUUUCCACUGAAGGGACCAGGGUCUAAAUUUAGUUCUGGGACUUUAUUUUAGCCUCUUUAAGUCCCUCCUCAGGGGAGUGGAUACAAAACUUACUAAUGCUAAACAUUUCUGCAUUUCUGGUCGUUUCUUUCUGGUCAGUAGUUGAAGCUUUACAGACAGGGUUUUAUUGUGCUUUAAAUCAUUGGAAUAGAAAGUAUGUGACAGAUGAAAUCCAGGCCUUAGUGAGCAUUUAUGGUGCAAAAAAA